UUGUCCAAGCGUUCAGAGAUCAGUUUAAGCAUAUGGAUAUCACCCGCUUGUCGCCAGUUCAGCUGAUGAAUUACAUAUUGGAUUGGCAGUCUGAUAACGGAAGACUGUUUGUACUGAACUUCUUGAUUCUUUACUUCUCACUCCUAGGAGAAACCACGACGAACAACUCCGUCAAUGUGCGAUUCAUUUCAAAUAUUCAGCCGGACGUGGAUAUCAAAAGCUUCAAUUGGUGUGCGUACAUGAUCUCGUGUCUCAAAAGAACGAAAACAGCGUGUCAUGGUGGCGAUGAUGCUUUUCGAGGGCCUAUGUUAUUACUUGCGAUUGCUUACGGAAUUGUGUUAAAGAAGAUACCUUCAUCACACAGUUCAAAUAUUAUUGAACUUGUAGAUGAUGAUCUUCUGGACAAUCUCGAAUGUGAUAUAGAAAGGAUGCAUACUGAACAAAAUAAGAAGACAAAGACAAAGGAAGAUAAAAAACACAAACGAGCAGAAGGGGUUGAGUGUGCUAGAAAAAAAUUCAAGAAGCAAAAACAAGGCCAGAAAAAGGGAAUCGAGAUCGAAGAUGAUGAUGCACACUUGGGUAUAUACAGACACUGUGCUGAUUACCUCCUGUCACAAACUGACACCCAAACAUGUGCAUUAUUUGUAGGUCCGGAUGGCGAAGUCCGCAUUCCGAUGGUCUCUCAGUAUGGUGACACUCCAUCAGCAUCAGGAACAUCAGUUCAGGACGAUUUUGAGCUGGUUCGAGCCAAUUUGUUGGAUAACUUGUUUAGUGAAUUUGAGAUAUGCGUUCACAAGAUCAAUAACACCAUAACAGAAUCGUGUCUGAUGUUCCCGGAUAGUGAUCUGCUGAAACAGAAAGGAUUGGAGUGGAAGGAGUUAAUGAAAGUGCUGCUUGUCGUUGACGAUGAGGAAAAAAAGGAUGGAGAUGAAGUGGAAAAGGGAGAUCAAAACAUUGAGGCAGAAAAUGAUGAUGUUGCUGAGGCAGUUGAACCAGUUGAUCCGCAAAAAGGUAGUGUAUCAUUAGACGGAUAUAACACUCCUACGAACGAGAAAAAAAAGAUCAUAUAACACCACACACUUCUCCCUUUUCACCAAUGACGGCUUCGUUUGUCGCAGAACUGGACAAAGUUGUUGAAAGGGUUCAAAGUGAAAAAACACCAGAGACAAAGUUCAACG